UUAAUGGAGGGCGAAAAGGGCGUUUCUAGGGUUUUGGGUGGCAGCGAGCACGAUACGGCCAUGGAUGAUUUCGUGGACCAAGGGCGUCCUCCGGGGGAUCCUCCGGACAUGACGGGCUCGUGGGUGAGGAAGGUUACGGGCUCGAGCGCUGGAGGGAUGCCAAAUCCGGAGGAGCUGAUUGACGAUGCGUUUGUUUCAGAAAGAGUCAGGCUGGAACUUCCGAAUGGAGAAGAGGGGGAACCGGUGAUCACGAUUGAACAAGAGGUGCUAGAAGCCAUGAACGGGCUGUGGAAACACUGCAUGAUUGUUAAAGUUCUGGGGCGAGUUACUUCCAUCGCGGUAUUGACCCGGAAGCUUCGUGAGAUGUGGAAGCCAAAGGGCUCGAUGUGCGUAAUGGACCUCCCGCGACAAUACUUUAUGAUCAGGUUCGGAGAAGAAGAUGAGUAUUUGGCGGCGCUUGCAGGGGGGCCUUGGAGAGUGUUCGGGAGUUACCUUGUGGUACAAGCAUGGACACCAUCCUUCGAUCCCAUAAAUGAUGAUAUCGUAACGACCCCUGUGUGGAUACGGUUGGCAAAUAUACCUAUCAAUUUCUAUCACAAAUCCAUCUUGAUGGGAAUCGCUAAGGGGCUAGGAAAACCGGUCAAAGUGGAUUUAACGACGUUGAACUUCGAAAGGGCAAGAUUCGCCAGGAUUUGUGUUGAGGUGAACCUGAGAAAACCUUUGAAGGGCUCGAUAGUGAUAAACGGAGACAGAUACUUUGUAUCAUAUGAAGGUCUAUCGCAAAUCUGUUCUAGCUGUGGGAUGUUUGGCCACUUGGUGCAUAAGUGUCCGAAUGUAAUCCAAGAGCGAACGGCCAUUGACAGGACCUCUAAAGUUUAGAGAACCAAUCC